AUGAAGAAUGGCACAACUAAAAAGAUUGCCGCGAAACAGAGUGGUGCAGCGGUGUUUACGGGAGACUGCAGUGGUCAGGCCAUGUCGAACUUUGGCAUGCGUCGUCGUACGAAGACGGAUAGGUUGAUAACGCGUUAUUUCCAAGAAGCACGUCACGUAGAAGAUAUUCUCGGAAUAAAAGAAGAUGGCGAAGAGCGGGAUAUAUGGUAUAUAGUAAGCAACAAGGUUAAUGUUCUUAGGAGACGAUAUAGCAAGGAGCGCAUGAAAACCGUAUCUGUAGCCCUUGUUCUUUGUCUGCAUAUAGGAGUAGAUCCACCGGACUCUGUGCCGAAGGCUUCGGCACGUGCUCGCCUGGAAGCUUGGGUGGACCCGUACAGCUGCAACCCACAAAAAGCAGCUUACAAGAUAGCAACAUCCCUACAGAAAAGCUACGAGAAAUGGCAACCACGUGCAAGGUAUAAAUCCGUGACGGACCCGACGAGCGAUGAUGUGCGGAAGCUAUGCGUGAGCAUGAGGCGGAACGCCAAAGACGAGAGAGUUUUAUUUCAUUACAAUGGACAUGGAGUACCUCGACCAACACAAAAUGGCGAAAUCUGGGUUUUCAACAAGAACUUCACACAGUACAUACCAUUGUCACUGUAUGAUUUGCAACUAUGUAUGGAGUUUCCAUCUAUUUAUGUUUGGGACUGCUCGUCUGCUGAGACGAUUGUUAAUUGGUUUAUGAGAUUUGCAAAGGAUCAUGAAGAUGAUUGGUACAAAAACUUAGAAGCUCAUCAAGAAGCUGUUGCUUCUUCUUCAAUAUCAGGAGCAAAGCUCAGCUCUCGCAUGACCGCUGAUCAACAAGCUGAGUCUUUAAAAUUCAAGCGGCGACCGAAAUUUCGAGUAUGUGCAGUAAUUAUUCUGAAAUGGGUUCACGGGCACUUGAUGUCAGCCCUGUUUUAUAGUUGUUUUUAUCCUCAGGACUGUAUUCAACUUGCGGCGUGUCGUGAGGAUGAACGACUGCCUACAAAUCCUGAUCUUCCUGCUGACCUAUUUACGUCUUGCUUGACCACUCCUAUACACACGAGUAUUCUCUGGUAUCUGAUAAAGAGUGGUAGGAAAAGCCAGUUUCCUCCUAAUCUGCUCGAGGAAAUACCAGGCCAACUGAAUGAUCGGCGAACUAUUUUGGGAGAACUCAAUUGGAUAUUCACAGCUAUAACGGACACUAUUGCAUGGAAUGCGCUACCAAGAGAUGACUUUCAGCGAUUGUUUAGACAGGAUCUUUUGCUAGCUUCAUUAUUUCGAAGUUUUCUUCUAGCAGAACGUGUUAUGAGUGGAAAUGGAUGCAAUGUGGUCUCCUCCCCUUCUUUGCCAAGCACCGCUGAUCAUCCUUUAUGGGAUUCAUGGGAAUAUACUCUUGACCUGACUCUUAAUCAUAUUCAUAACAUUCUUACUCCUAAACUGAAUUUCCAAGUAAUCGGUAGAGACGUGUUGUCUAAAAGUUCUAUUUGCACUUUGAACACUUUAAUCGACUUGUCCGGCAUAAUCGGUGAUGGUCAAGAUGUUCAACACAACUGGUUUUUCAUUGAACAGCUGAAGGCUUUUGAGGUGUGGUUGGAGUAUGGUGUAAACAAACAGUCUUCACCAGAGCAACUCCCAAUUGUGCUCCAAGUACUUCUCAGUCAAGCACACCGCCAACGAGCUUUAGAGCUUCUUGCUCGGUUUCUGGAUCUUGGACAAUGGGCAGUUGGUUAUUCGCUUUCAGUUGGAAUUUUUCCGUAUAUGCUUAAGCUACUUCAAAGUACGUCAAGAGAACUCCGGAUUUGGCUAGCCUUCAUAUGGGCAAAGAUACUUGCCGUUGAUCCUAGCGUUCAGUCGGAGUUAUUCAAAGAAAAUGGUGACGAGCCAGCUCGGUUCGAAUCAGCAAACCGUGCAAAACCUGUACAGCUACGUUACCACUUUUUCGUCACAAUCCUUAAUGAUCCUGAUACAUUACCACGACAAAAAAUUGUUGUUGCUUUUGUUCUGGCAACGCUAUUCCAUAACAAUUACAGGAUCGCGCAAGAGAAUCUAACCAAGAAAGGAUAUGUCAAUCUUUGUACUGAGCUACUGAGUGAGAAUAAGGCAAAAGACUGUCGACUAUUAAAAUUAUGGAUACUUAUUGGAUUGGGUCGUCUCUGGGCAGAUUAUGACCCUGCUCGUUGGCAAGCUGUGCGCCUUGUAGCAUACGCGAAGGUUUUGAAAGAGCUCGAUGACAACGCUCCUGAAGUUCGGGCUGCAGCUGUUUAUGCCCUUGGAUGUCUUGUGAAGAACCGUUCUGAAACGAAUGAACAUGCCGCAACGAUUGACCAAGAAAUAUGCGACGACCUAUGUAACAAGUGUACAAAAGAUGGAUCUGUUCUUGUUCGGGAAGAACUACUUGUUGCACUGCAGGUGAAUCACCUUUUCGAAUGUAGCACAUUUUUUGUAUGGAACAUAUUAUUUGACAGUUCUGUACGCUUCUAUUUCCAGUGGUAUAUCAUCGAUUUUGAACAACGGUUUGCAAAAAUUUUCUGGGAUCUGUCGGAAACGUUAGGCAUUGAAAUGGUUGCUGAUAUGCAAGACGACCAGUUCGAGCACAACGCAAACGAUAUUGCUGCUACUAUCAAAAAUAGCGACUUGAAUGGACAUUUGUCUAUGGGAGCAGCACGGAAGGCGUCUAUAUAUAAAAAACGACAAAGGCCCAACGAUGCUAUAGGAAUUGAAGAAGUUGUGACUAUGAAUGAUCCCUCGGAUCGCAACUCUUUAUCUUCGUCAAUCAGCCAAGUAAUGUCUGUAGUAUCAUCGUAUACAGGUCCAUCGAAAUACGAUAUUGCAUUCAGGGAACGAGCGAAAAAGCAAUUGGCUUAUCUGGAGAACAAAAAUUUCAAGGAACCUUUGGAACGAACUUGGGUGGCAUUGCUGCGAUUGUCAUUGGAUCCCGUGCAAAAGAUCCACAAGGUUGAUACAGCUAUGCCACGUUCUGAAACUCCUGAUGAAGUGCACGAUACUGAUGGUUCAUCUAAACUGGGAAGAAGCAGCGAGAAUGAAGGAGGGUCAGAAUCAAGAUCCCAACUGGCGGAGAUGUUGAAGCAGUCGUUCACACCAAAAAGAGGAACUACUGCCCGUGGAGAGUUUUCAUCUGGAACUCCAGUGGCGACUAAUGCUGAAGCUUUGCUCACCUCGGAGUUUGUCCCAUGGUGCAGUCGUAUAUUCGUCCAACCUAUCCUUGAUCUAAUUCACUGCAAAGAAGACGUCGAAGAUUUCACAGAUCGUGCGCUUACACUGGUAAAUCCGACAGAUUGGGCAAUUUUCAUCGAGCAAGCGCAAAAACAACAUGCGCAUGCCGAAUUUGAGGUGUUUAAGUCAGUACCGUGCGAUUCCUUAUUAGUCGCUGCUCGUGUUCCUCCAUCUCCAACUGUUGUUUCAUUUUCUAUGUUGCGGAAGUCUAUUUAUACUACGGACGGUGAACAAAUAUACAUUACCCGUUAUGAGAAGUCACACAAUCACAUUGCACAGAAAUUCUCCUGCAAUGCAGGAAAUCCUUUCAAUUCGGACAAAACAACUGCAUUGAUAGUUAUUAAUGAGAUGUCACGUGAAAUGUUGCUUUGCGGGUCUUCUACUGGUAUUGUAAGGGUAUGGGAUCUUUCUUAUAAUAUUCAUUCACAUGAAAUCGAAGAUUUGCCACAGUUGGUAACUGCCUCAAAUCCAUUGUGCGAUCAGUCGAGACUGCCUCUUUCAAAUUAUGCCGUUCUUCCGACAUUAUAUGAUUGGAGUCAAGAAACUGGUCGCCUUGUCUGUGGUGGAAAUGUACGGGUAAUUCGUGUUUGGGAUGCUCACUACGAGAGAACUGCUCAUGAUAUUGCAAUAGCUGUCAAGAAAGGAGCAGUGACUGCACUCUCCGGUGAACUGGAUCAUAAUGACCUCAUCGCUGCUGGAUACCGCGAUGGGGUGGUUAACGUGCAUGACAUUCGUGUUCCUGCGAAAGAGUCGUUGAUAAUGUCAUUCCACGACUUAUCCUCUCGUGUAGUGGGUGUUGCGAUUCGCGUUGAUUCGAAAGGAAACGCCAUCGUUGCCGCUGGUGAUGAAGGUGGAGGAAUUUGUGUUUGGGAGCCCAGAAUGUUCAAGGUACCAGUAGUGGAAAUAGAGGCUGGUCGUGAAACACACGAGCCGCUAAGGAAUUUUAUUGUGCACAAAAAUGCAGAGAUGUUCGGUUGUAUAUUAAAGUCUGAAGUCAAACUGUAUGACAUCUGCGGUGUUCCUUUAUGUAGCAUUCGUCAGAACGAUUCUGAACGUGGACGGUCUCCGAGUAUAGCUGCCGUUGCCAUGCACAAACUUAGGUGUAUGAUUGCUGUCGCUACAAGUGAUGGAGCUGUAAAUGUUUACGGGCAACCUAAAACUAGUCUCUAG